AUGCUUCUCGACCCCAUCGAUUCCGCUUUCUCACCCGCCCGCUCCAUCUUCAAGCGCUGCAUUACAUGUGAUACCUCAUCUCCCGCCUGUCCCUCAUGUCCAGAUGGCACAACAUGUACCAUGAGACUGCAGACCUGCGAUGAAUGCGCUACAACAAAGUGUAUCUCCACAGGAGGCUCCCAACCAUCAAACUCCGGGGGUAGUGACACAGGCGCCAUUGCCGGUGGUGUCAUUGGUGGUGUGGCAGCCAUCGCCCUCAUCGUCUUUUUGAUCUGGUGGUUCGUCAUCCGUAAGAAGCGCCUGGAGCGCGAGGAAGCGGAGAAAAAUGGCUCGUUCGCCGCCGUUCGCAGUGAACGCCAAUCCAUCGCCUCCACAGUCUUGACCCGUGCUUCUAACGUUAUUCAAAUCGCCUACAUUCCCGGUGUCACCAAUCGCUCCCCGCCAGAGACCCCGGCCUCCCUCGUGCCCCCGGUUCCCCCUCUUCCCGGUGCGACCCCCGACCAACACUUCUUCAUGCCAGGUGACCUGCGUGACUCUUCAUGGACCACCACUACCGGCCACCAGAGCAUCUCACCCACCUUGCGCAGCAGUGUUGCGACCACAAUUUACCGCAACGACGCCAUUGUCAGUGCGAUCCCCGCCCAGCAGAUCCAGCGUUCUCGCGCCGCCGUGGUUAGCAUUCACAAUGGAAGCGGCGGACAACAUGCCCCUGGCGAUGACUCCCCAGUCGCAGUCACAAUCACUCCUGCAGACGCACCUGCCGUUCCAGCCAUCACCCCAGCGCAACUAGCGCGCGCCGAAGCCGUCAAAGGCAACAGUUCCUGUGUGGCACGCAGUGUAAUCGCCAAGCCAGUCAUGGUCCGAGGUCCAUCACUCAAGAAGAAAGAGGCCAAACCCGGGCCUGUCGACCGAAUCGAAGAGGUCUCUGAACACAGUAAAAGUAACAAUACCAGUCGAGCGGUAUCUGCCACCAGUGGACAAUUCAACCACAACAUCUCCACAUUCGACGGCUCCUCAUCAGACGAGGAAGAUGACACAUACCCCCCCUCAACAGCCAACCUGGAGACAGGAUCAUCGCAUCGCUACACAAAUCGAUCAUCAGGCUUAAGCGACGGACGAAACUCCACCCGGACACCACCCGCCCGUGUAGAUAGUCCGUUCUCGGACGCUAACGAGGUGAAAUGA